AUGGAAGGACUUGCUGAGUCUUUUGCAGCCAAUUUCACCGUUUCUUUUGAACCAAACGAUACUGCAGCCCCUCAUCCGAGGUACAUUGCAUGUUUAUUUAAAAAUGACUUUAAUAAACGAUCUUUUAGGCUGGUGUUCAUACCGUUUGUUGAUGAAAGUAAUUAUAAUCUGUGGAUUGAUCAUCGUGAAAGGUUGAUGUAUGAUGUUUUAAGCCCAAGCUUUAAGAUAAUUCGCUGUUUUCUUCUUUUACCCCACCAACUGAGGGCUUUUCUCUCAAGAUUCUUAAGGACAAAUGUACCUGGGAGGCAGCCGCGGUGCUCUUGAAAUUGAUUGAUACACAACAUGUUAUGACAUUUCAUUUGUGAUUUGAUAUUUCUUUGCAGGAUGGUCCAAUAUAAAGUUAAGCCCAGUAAUACUCCAGAUCAGUAUUUACGAAGACAAAGAAAGCUUGAGGAGCAGAAGAAGUAGAGAAACUAUUCCACAGCUAAUUUACUUUAUAUCAACGAAAGAUAAUUCAGACCUUUCAGUAUGCAGAGGAGUUACACUGUAUUUGUGACCUUGAUUGCAGUUUUAAAGGUUUACAGUUGAGAGCGCAAGUCGCCUUUGUUUACUAUAAAUUCGAAUAUGAACAAACCAUCAUGCAAUCGUGUGACAAACCUGGUAAAUAAUUAUUAUCCAGUGCUUUGGAAAACAGUUGAAGGGAAUGACUCUUGCCCGCUUCUGCUAAUGUGUAUCUGAUGUCAAUUUUUUCCUUCAUGAAUACUGUUUGAGCACUCCAACUUUUCCUUGAGAUUAUGGCCACAUAGUCCCAUUAAUUAACAGUUAAUGAAUGAGGCUGAGUAUCUUAUGAAGAAUUAUGGAGAUCGAGGAGGGUGUUAUCGCCGUAGGCCGAGGCGGAUAACACCCCUCUGAGAUCUCCAUAAUUCUUCAUAUGAUACAAAAGCCGAAUUCAACAACUGUUUUAUUAUUCAUUCAAAAUAAUUCCUAGUUUAAAAACAUAGCUAAAACAUGCUUACCUCCAUCGAUCCAUCGAUGUUCAGUUCAUCUUCGAUAGUGUACAUUUGGGUUUGUCCAGCUCCGCAAAUAUUCUCCAAAUAGCAGAUGUCGCCCUUCGAGUUGUCUUCUCGCUGUUCUUGCCAUGUUUUCAGCUAGUUUUUCGCCUAGUUCUUACUCUUGAAACGAGUGAAAUGUCCGCCAUUUUUUCAAGUUCACAACCAAAACAACUCAACCUCGUCCCAGGUCUUCUCGGUUAAUGGUGCCUUAACCUGUACGAACGCUGCAUUUUUGACGUCAGUUCCUUGUUAAAGUCAAAAUUAUUCCAAAUUUGGUCAUCAGUAACUGGUUAUGGUGAAUUAAACGUGUGCUUUUAGCCAAUCAGAAUCGCGGAAAUAUUUUGAAUGAAUAAUAAACUAGAUUAAAGUGACCUCCAAGACCUCAACCUCGAUUAUACCAUUUAGUGGUUUCAGUAGCUGGUGGUGUAAUAUAAGACCUUCACUAUGUUGUCCAUGUACUAUUGAUGGACAGUUUUCUCGCCCAGAGCAGUUACUUUUUCCCUUGGGAGCCUCUCGACCAACUGGGAAUAUCUACACACAAAAUGUGAGUUGAAACCAUUUUAGUGGGCCUUCCAGGCAGGUACUCCCUCUUCCCUCGCGUGUCUCCCUCUCGUAUGCCUGUUCUUUCUUGCGCCCACUACUUCCAAGCUCCUGCUACGCAGGUUAUUUGGGGGAUAUUCAUUCCCAGCGAGCUUUUACCAGGUUUGUAACAUGAUCACAUGAUGGUUUGACCAAUCAAGUUCAUAUUUGACUGCAGUAAACAAAGGCAGUAUGGGCUAUCAAAUGUAAAAUUAACUGCAGUGAAGGUCACAAAUAACUCCUCUGCACCCUGUGUGGAAGCUGAUAGUUUUGCCCCAUAGUGAGUUAGUCCCCUCCUAGUUACAUGUAGCCCCAUUAGAAGUUGAGUUUGCCCCAUAGUGAAUUAACCUCCUGCCAGUUACCCCGGUAAAUUAAAGGUUUUUGAAAACCCAACCUGGUUAAAAGACUUUGAAAGGGUAAAAUUUAUGAGUGGCCAGACGAAAUCAAGAGUUUCACUGAGUCCUUUAAAGUCAGAUGGUUUUGUUUUGUCUCUUGCUUGGGUCACUCAUAAUGCUUGUCUUGCACUCACUUUAGUUUUUCUGGGCAGGCAACAUGCAACAGCACAAUGUUACCCUUUGUUUUUGUAUUCUUGACAGACCGUGUAUAAUAUUUAGAUAUAAUUAUGUUGUAGUUAAUUUUUUAAUCUUGGGUAAUUUUUUAUUUUUCUUUCGUUUCAACUUCACUAGCAUACAUUACAACCCCAAAACAAAAGAAAAAUAAAAAUUACCUGAGAUAAAAAAUUAACUACAACAUAUUAUUGCACUAUAUCUGUGCUAAAUAUCAAAACACUUAAUAACCGCUCCUUUAGGUCCCUUGAAAAAUCCAUCCAUGUGUUACUCUCAUAUCUCACAGUUUGAGUGUUACCCCUAAAGGCCAGAAAGUACAAGUGCAUAUCAAUGCCCUGUUUUCUUGAAAAAUUUGUCAUUCAAUAGUUUUUUUUGUAUUACUGAAAAUUAUAAUAAUCUAUAGAUACUUUCUAGGCGUAGACAAGACUUUGUGAACUAUGCAAGGAAACUUGCUGAAGGGUCUUUAGAAGUUGAAGAUGUGGAGACAGAGGUAUUGAAAGGGGACAGACAGCAACAUUGUUGUUGCUUGAAAUAAUUAUCUUUAUAUUCUCACUGUUCAUCAGUAGGAUGCCUUAAAUCUCUGCAAUUCCACAACUGGUUUCAGCUCCGUUAAGUUACUUCUGUGUUGUUAUUUUUUCAUUAACCUUAUUUUUUUCACGUAACAAGAAGUUUGUUAACCUUUUUAAAAGGCUUUGAAAUUCAUUGCUUAUUGACUACCAGCCCCAUUCCUCAUAUUGUUACUUACAAUUUACCAACAAACUUACCAGGAGGAACAAAGUUUACGUCAGAAAGUUCAGGCAUAUAAAUGUUAUAUCUAAAAACAUAGAUUACAGGGCUGUGUGUAAGUCUUGCUGUAUUUUGUCAUCCUUACAUUAAUGCCUUUUAAUCAAAUUCUUUUUAGGAGAUGGAAACUGCAACAGAUGCAAGUGACUGCAAAAAGAAAAGGUUCAACCCAUAUGCAUAUCAGGUUGUUUUAUAGUUAUAUUUUUCACUGAUCUUUAUUAUUAUUUUUUUUGGUGCAAUUUAAGUGUUUGGUGGAAACUGAAACUUGUAGUCAGUGACACAAGUUGCUCGGAAACUUGUUUGACAAUUUGUAACCCAAACAAACAUCUACAUAAUAUUAUAUGUAAGGUCAUUUAAUUUUUAUUGACCAAAUUCUGCCUGAAUUAAAGAGUAAGAACUAAAAGAUGUGGGAAAUCUGGCAUUUAAUAUGGACUCUUCUUUAAACACCAUCAAUAGAAGUCACCGAAUUAGAAGAGAAAUUAUUUUUAGAAUUAUAUGUAUGAAUGAGCAGACUGGGACAUAGGGAGAAGAAAAAGAGAAUCUAUAAUAUUAUUAUAACAUAACAAAAGUACAUGUAAAUUGUAAACUCUGAUUGGUCAAUUACCCAUGUACUAUUAUUUUUCCAUGGGUGAAUGGUGACAAAAUCUAGUGCUUGCUCAAAGCUGUAAGCAUCACUUUCUAUGUGACUCUAUUUGUUACCCCUUAUAUAGUUUGCAAAGAUUUUUGUCUCAAUACUGAAAAAAAGUUUUACAAAGAAUGUAAAAUAAUGUAAAAGGUUUUGAGAGGGAAAACUACUUAUUCAGCAAAACAAUAUUUUUUGAAAGAAAGAAUUUGCAAUGAAGGAUUUACACGCACCAUAGCGCGAGUAGAUGACAGAACUCAUGUCAUUCCUCUGCAAUCUGUAAGCAAAAUUAAAAGUUUUUCUCUUUGGAUUAUGCUAUAAACAAAUGGUAAACAGCUCAGCAUGUACUAUUGAAUUAUAGUUGCACUUGGGAGGAUUGCUAAACUAAAACACUCAAGAAGCUAGAGUUGCACUUGGCUAACGCCUCAAGUGACUCUUACAAGUAUGCUUCUUUCACGAUUAACAACCUCCUGCGUGCGACUAUGACUCAGUGCACAGUGAGCCAUUUUACCAUUUGUUAAUUAAUGCCCAACUCUGUUGGUUUGUCUUUUUUUACAAACUCCAUUCUUGCAUUUUUUUACCUACUUCCUUUUUCUGCCUGCUCUGGACAAGGUAGUCCAGUCAGAGUUAUUUGGUUUAUUAUUUGUUUCAAUUUAGUUGAUGUUAUCUGAGUGGUUGGUGGACAUUCCUGAGGACUUACAGGAAGAAUGGCUCAUGGUAGUCUGUCCAGUUGGCAAGAGGAAUCUCAUUAUAGCAUCAAAUGUAAGUCUCUCCUUCACCAACAUUCCAGGUGCGGCUUACAUUGUACUUGUCUGUAUUCUUGCUAAUUUAGUUGGUGAAAGUAUAAUGUAUCUUAAAACCAUACAGUGGAAUAUUGAUUUCUUGAAUCCUUGGUUGUUUCGACAAUCCAAACCAAACCCAAACACUGUAAUUUUUUCCUUAUUUCCAAGGGGGUUCAAAAAAUCAAGAUUCAACUAUACUUUUACUCUCUUUAUCAGUCUAGAACUACGUCAGUAGCCAGCUUGCAGGUUUAGCUUGAUCAUUCAGGGUCUUGACAACUCCUUUGUGAGCAACAUGUAAAAUUUAAAUGUAUUCACAGUCGAGAAUACUUUUAUAGUCUAUGAAUCAAAGCUGUACUGUACUGUGUAAUUGUUCUGUUAAUCAAACAGGGGUAUACAGCUGCCUAUACCAAGAGUGGUUACCGUGUCAAUAAAUUCUCUUCGUUACUCCCAGGAGGAAGUCCCAAGACUCUCAAACCAGGAGGUACAUGUACUUUUCUGAAUGUUCCUUAUAAAUGGUACACAUAUCGAUCCCCAAGCCACAAGGGAACACAGUCCACUGGACUUUAACACAGCUCUCUUUACAAUUAUUUAGCACAAAGUAACUACAGGUACCUACAAUCUAGCAAAGGUAUUGCGACACCCUCCCAAGUGAAAUUCAACAAGUGUACAUGUAGGACUAGUCAUAUACCCCAUGCAUUGCAUCCUUGUUGCUCAAGUACUUGUACAAACACAUGUAGGUAUACCUGUGAGCACAGAGACAGAGUGACACUGAGAUUUUUGCCUUGAACGUUGUACCAGGGUUAGAAAACAAAAAACUGUUCUUAGAUAAUAUCUAUUUGUGUAUGGAUUAAACCUCAAUGCCAAUUGUAAGGAAGAGCAGAAGUGAGAGAAAUGAUCUAAUUAUCACUUUUUAUCGUAAUCUAUUUCAAGUGAGUGUGACAUUUGUAUUGCAUAUCAGUAUAAUGUUAUAUAUAUUGUAAUUUUUUUAAAUUACUAACAGUGAUUGAUUUUUGUGUUCAGACUACACAAUUCUGGAUUGUAUCUUUAAUGAACAGACAUUUACUUUUUAUGUAUUGGAUGUGAUGUGUUGGAGAGGACAUCCUGUUUAUGACAGUGAGGUGAGUUGCACACUUGCCAGAAUAAGUAUUAUAAACUGUAUGAUGACAACUUCUGUGUAAAGAAUAAUUAGUCUUUCAAGAGCAUGUUCCUGUUUUAAUGAGCUUUGAAAGGACAAUAUCAGCAAUAAACUGUCACUGCAAUCUUAUCAAAAUGUUCAAACAGUUACAUGUACUAAUCAUAACCGUACCAAAAUUCUCAAAUCUGAUUGGCUAUUAACCGUCCUGAUUUCAGCACUAAUAGGACAGUGCAAUGGGACAGUAUGCGUCAUGCCUAAGUAAUUGGACAGUACGCACCAUCGCAUGCACAGACUUAAAUGGUUUUUCUUCACUGCCAGCAAAAAAAGCUCCGGAUUUCUUGUGUUUUAAUUUAAAAGAAACCUCAAAUAUUACAAAUUUUGUUAUAGUUAUGAUAAAUUGGUAACAGAACUUGGUGUUGUCCAAUUCAUAAUUGGUAUACAUAAUAGGACUGAGUGGAGUCCAAUUCGGUCUGUAAUCAUACGAGUGAUUAACGAAAUUGGACGACCACGUAGCGGGAGUCCGAUUUGUUUAAUCACUAGUAUGUUUACAGACCGAAUUGGACGACAUGAAGUUCUGUUACCAAUAAAUCAUAUAACUAUAACAAAAUUUGUCAUGUUUUAGCCCUCUUGAAAAUAAAAAACACAAGAAAUUCCAAGAGUUUUCUUGCUAGCGCGAAAACAAAAAGCCAUUUAAGUGCACGUGUGCGAUGGCGCAUAAUGCCCAAUUACUUAGGCAUGACACGUACCGUCCUAUUACAGUGUCCUUUUAGUGCUGAAAUCAGAACAGUUGAUAGCCAAUCAGAUUUGAGAAUUUUGUUAUAGUUAUGAUUAAGUCUGUAAAACAAAUCAGACUCUGGCUACGCAGUCGUCCGAUUUUGUUAAUCACUCGUAUAUGAUAACAGACCGAAUUGGACUCCACUCACUAGUCCUAUUACCAUUAUUAAUGAUUGCAGUUAUACCUUUUUUCAGACAGAUUUUAGGUUUUACUGGUUGCAUACAAAACUCCAGGAAGAGCCAUUGGUCUCACAAGUGUCUCCUGCAAAUCCAGUGAGUGCUUACAUUUUGCUAGCAUUAUUUUAAAAAAUUAUUUUACCUUUAUUUAAAUAAUAGUAUAAUUAUAAGCUGAACAAAGUUAAUAACCAGUUCACUUGCUUGACUGUGUACACUCUUUAGGAUUUUAGAAUGGUACAACAGUAAUGCAUUCUUAAGAGAAAACAAACAACUUCUUUCACACUGUUGUAUCUUAGUAACAUUCUUUUGGUUGUUAUGUUGUACAUUUUACUAUUUAAUUUCAAUUUUUUUACCUUUACUUGUGACUUGUUGACCUAUGGGUAUCCUACAGUAGUUCCCAGGACCUCCCUUCUCCCAUCCCUUGGAGCACGGAAGAAGAGAGACCCUGGAAAUGUUUUUGAUCUGAACAGCAUUAUACUUCAUUUGUCAGUACAGGUUCACCAGUCUAUCUUACUGUUCCUGUGACCCAAGCGCUAUUCAUCAAGCAUUGUGUUCAGUGAUGUUUGAGGUGAGUUAGUCUAGAAAUGAAAAUCUGUAGUUUGCGAAAUGAAAAUCUGUAGUUUGCGAAAUGAGAAUCUGUAGUUUGCGAAAUGAGAAUCUGUAGUUUGCGAAAUGAAAAUCUGUAGUUUGCGAAAUGAAAAUCUGCAGUUUGCGAAAUGACAAUCUGUAGUUUGCGAAAUGACAAUCUGUAGUUUAGGAAAUGACAAUUUACUUUCUCGCUGCUUCUACUUGGAUAUUCUAAACAGAAAAUUCCCCCCCAAAAAGCCGUUUCACCCACAGGUAGCCCAAGCUCACUAUGAGAGCCCUGAACAACAUUAUCCUACUUAGCUAAUUAAUUAUUCAUACAGCAAGAAAAUUAUAAGACGUUGUAUGCGGAAAUGUUCUUUGCUCACUAAAUUAGCAAAAUGUACAGAGAAGAGAAGAGAACUGUUCUCUUCUCUCUUCUGUCAUCUGGGUGAAAAACUGUCGCUCAAAAAAAGUCCUUAAACAGUGCCUAGGAGGUCUGAAAUGCAGUCAGAAUGCAAAGAAAAACAAGAAGACGCUAAAGGGAAGCUUCAAAGCGAUAUUCAAUGUACAUUUUGCUAAUUUAGUGAGCAAAGAACGUUUCCCCAUACAACGUCUUAUAAUUUUCUUGCUGUGUGAAUAAUUAAUUAGCUAAGUAGGAUUAUGUUGUUCAGGGCUCUCAUAGUGAGCUUGGGCUACCUGUGUUUCAACCAGAAAAUUCAGAUUGCGCGGAAUGCGUGACGUUUUCGUUGCCACGUAUAAAGUUUAACUUAAGCUCAGGCGUUUUUGAGCGACGGACAGCAACCGCAAGCAAGACCUCUUCCCUUUUUAUAUGCCUUAACGCCACCACGUUUGUAUUGAUAAGACGAUCUGCCUGAAAAUUUGCCCAAGAACCACUGCCCAAGAAUGCAAAAAGUCCACUUCCGGUGGCCGUUCAAACACCUUAUCUUAACCAGAAACGUCACGCGAUAUUCAAACGAACCGAUAAAAUACAUCAUUGUGGCUUUGUUGUUUACUUUCGAACAUGGUAGUUUUAACGUUUUGUAAAGAUAAACAAAUGCAGGAAAAAAAAGUAUUUCCAGCAGAAGUUUUUGUUGUUUAAGUGUCAUUUGACGGCAGAAAUUCCCUUUGGAGGAAAGUCAUGGUUUCUUCUUGAUGUAGUUUUUAGGUUUUAACUCAAUAAAAGGGUACACAAGGGACAUAAGUAUUCGUCACUUUCAAGAAAGAUGCGCGAAAUUUUCACACCCGUUGCGCACACUAUCAACAGGAAAACUCCAUGCAGGGCGGAUGUUUGGUCAAUAAAGGCGAAAAAAUUAGCAAAAGUAGAAACAAGCAAACAUCCGACCAAGAGCACGAAAAAAAUUGCAUAGUUCUCGAAAGUAAAGAAAUAAGAGUUGUUUGUGUUUUGACACCUCGUUUAUUCAGUCAUUCAACAUUAAGUUCAAGGCUACGUCGCUAAAAAAUGGUCAUAUUUUCUUUUUUUUGCUUCUGCGAAUUUAUUUUCAGCUCUCAUGAGUCGAAAAGGUGCUGAACUGUCCACAGAGACGAAAGAACUCAUUAUCACUCUGUCGGAUUUCGUGAAAAACAAAGCGGAAUUGUCAAAAUGUUGAACGUUCCCAAGAACGACUAUUACGAGCGUUCUAAGCAAGUACCGAAGGACUGGUACAGGUGGAGACUUUGACGCGAAGUGGAAGGAAAAGGAGCUUCACAAAUAGAGACAGAAAUGCUUUAAAGUGUUUGGUUAAAAGUAACAGACGAGCUACCUUACAGGACAUUACUGCAGAGCUAAACGAUUGUGCAAAACAAAUACUUUCAGCAAGAAAACCGUGCAAGGGGUGUUGCAUCCGGAAGGAUAAAAAAGAAGGUUAGCGAAAAAGAAAAUGGUGUUUCGGGAAGUGAAUCGAAAAAAGCGAAUCAAGUGGUGUAAAGAGCGAAGAGGUCGAACACCAGACAACUACCGAAAAAAAGUAAUAUUUUCAGAUGAAAGUCAGAUUGUGCUCGGUACAAACAACCGUUUUUACAUUUGGUGAAAAGACGAUGAAAAGUACAACCUACAUCGUAUUUGUUCUCGCUCUGAACGGAAGAUAAGUUUGAUGAUCUGGAGAUGUAUUUGUUGUGAUGGUGUUGGAACUCUGACUGCAGUUAAAGGAAACAUCAACUCUGCCAAGUACCAGACAACUACUGGCCAUACAUGUACGUUCUUGUCUGAAGGAAAAGAAUACUUGUACAUGGAUGAAAAUGCGCCUGUUCACAGAACCCACACUGUAGAAAAUUAUAAAGAUCUAAACGUAGUAACCUCAAUGGAAUGGCCAGCACAAUCACCAGAUUUAAAUAUAAUAGAAAAUAUCUGGCUCUACAUGAAGAGAGAGCUACAAAAGUCCGCAGUAGAUAUCGCUGCCAUAAAUGAUCUUCUGCGUGAAAUCCAGAGCGUGUGGCGGAACAUCGAAUUGGAUUAUGUAAGAAGCCUUUACCAGUCCAUGCCUGACCGCCUAGACAAUGUAAUUAAAAUAAAGGGUCAUCUCACUAAAUAUUAAAGUGAUUUUAAAGUUAGAUUUGCCGAAAACGGUAUUAAAACUAGCGCGCGUAAAAUGUAAACAAACGCCGCCAUACUGAAAGUGAUGAAUACUGAUGUCCCUCGACUGGUAGCUAUUAGUAAAAUCCAACUAGUGGUCUAUUAUCAAUGCUGCGUUCUGAUUGGUUAAGCUACUACUAGGCUAUAUGUUAUAUGUAAUGUAAAGUAAAUGUCGCGAUUGAGAGGACAAACAUACAUGUCCUCUUUACAUAGCUUUCUGCAGUCGGCUCGGACAUCAGCAUACUAAGGGCGCCGAUGGCAGCCGCUAUCAGUCCAUUUAUGAGCCCACUGAACCCUCCCAACCCAUGAUGAGUGAUGAUGUAAGUGAUGAAGAUAGACCACAACACCGGGAACUACGUCCCCUACUCUUUUCGAAUAGUGUGUGGGUUCUUUAACGUCCCACAGAGUUAUAUGUGAACAAGGUUUGUGAGACGGGACCUCCGGUUUAUCGUCCUUAUUCGAGAAGACUUGAAAGUCUAAUCAUUUGCAGAUGUCAUUACAAAUAGCCCACUAGUAGCGAAAAGCGCCGGAUUUUUGGCGGGUAAGAAGGAUUAAAGGACGAAAUUUAGCCAAAUUAGGUAAUUACAAAAUGCCCGUUAAAUUGACAGAAACGUAAAAAUAACCGCUUAAAACAUUAAAGGAAGGUUAAAAUAACACAACAGAUGCCACGGAUGGGCAAAACUGAAGAAGAUUGAAACGGAUUGAAAUCAGGGUUUUUUAAAACUGUUCAGCCUAACAGUUUUUCAAAGUUGAUCUCUGCUGUUUGCAACUUCAAAAGUAAUGCUCAGGAGACAUAUUUGUUUGCCUCGAAUCUCUGAUUUUGUCAUUUCCUUGUAAUUUCCUUGCUUACUUUAAGUUCCAUACCGAUUGAGGGCGAGUAAUUGGCAAAAUUAAACAAAAUGAAUUGUUCAGCCUAACAGUUUUUCAAAGUUGAUCUCUGCUGUUUGCAACUUCAAAAGUAAUGCUCAGGAGACAUAUUUGUUUGCCUCGAAUCUCUGAUUUUGUCAUUUCCUUGUAAUUUCCUUGCUUACUUUAAGUUCCAUACCGAUUGAGGGCGAGUAAUUGGCAAAAUUAAACAAAAUGAAUUGUUCAGCCUAACAGUUUUUCAAAGUUGAUCUCUGCUGUUUGCAACUUCAAAAAUAAUGCUCAGGAGACAUAUUUGUUUGCCUCGAAUCUCUGAUUUUGUCAUUUCCUUGUAAUUUCCUUGCUUACUUUAAGUUCCAUAUCGAUUGAGGGCGAGUAAUUGGCAAAAUUAAACAAAAUGAACUGGACUGCCGUGACACAGCCCCUUUAAAGUCUUGCUUUGCGUUGUGUUGUCUCGAUAUUUUUGACCAGCUAGUUGGAUUUUACUAAUUAACAAUUGUUCCUCGAGCCCGAAUGGGCUAUGAGUCAAUAGCCCAUGAGGCCGAAGCGCAAUCUCUCUCCAAGCAGCGGCACUAAAGAAUGGCCGUUUGGCAUGAGCGAACUCAAGAAAAUAGCGCAAGAGUUCACGGCCAUCCGAAGAUGAAUUUACCGAAUUACUAGCUAAAACUGAGCGAAACAAAUGCAAAAAUACGCGAAACAUUGCUCAAUGGUUUGUCAUCUAUUUUUUGAGGAGUAGAGUCUCACGACUCGCUCGUGAGAUAUCGAGUUGAACACUCGAAGAUAAAUUUCACAUCUCUGUGCGCUCAUGUAAUAAUAAUUUUUUUAUUAUUAUUCCUUCAAAAUAAUUCCAAGUUUAAAAACAAGCUAAAACAUGCUAACCUUGGUCGAUGGAAGUUCACAUCAAUGAUGCAUCUUUAUCGAUCGGUUUAGGAGAUAAAGGUCUGUUCAGGUCUGCAAAUAGGCUCCGAAUAACAGAUGUCGUGGUCAUGUAUGAGGACAUGUAUUGUACCGGCUUAACCUAUUCCACUUGAAUCCGUUGUCUCAUUGUUGAUUGUUUACUGUUUCCGCCUUUUUAGACCUUACUCUUAUUAGUUUUAUUACUUUGUUUUGUAACUUACUCCUAUUACUGUGUUACCAUGUUACCUUGUCCGUCUUCGUGCUGUUCUUGCUAUGAUUUUAGACAUUAUUUUGCCGUGAAACGAGUAAAAUGUUCCGCCGACUGUUCAGCCAUUUUUGUUCUCACUACUAAAUCAACUGAACCUCGUCCCCAAGUUUUCUCGGUUAACGGUUCAAUAACCUGCAACCAGGCUGCACUUUUGACGUCAUUUGACGUCAUCGGUUCAAUAAUGACAAAGUUCUUGCCACAUUUGGUCAACAGUAGCUGAUUAUUUAACAGUUAAUGAAUAAGGCUGAGUAUAUCUUAUGAAGAAUUAUGGAGAUCGUCUUACUCUUGAAACGAGUGGUGUCGGCCAUUUUUGUUUUCACAACCAAAAUAACUCAACCUCGUCCCCAGGUCUUCUCGGUUAAUGGUUCAUUAACCUGUAGUAGAAGGCUGCAUUUUUGACGUCAUUUCCUCGUUAAAAACAAAAUUCUUCCAAAUUUGGUCAUCGGUAACUGGUUAUGGUGAAUUGAACGUGUACUUUUAGCCAAUCAGAAUCGGGCAAAUAUUUUGAAUGAAUGAUAAGGUCAAUUAUGCCUGUGGUUUUAACCAAUCAGAAACGGGGAAAUAUUUUGAAUGAAUAAUAAUCUGUAUUACUAAAUUCGUGUUUGGUAUGAUUUCAAGAAUUACCGGUAUGCAAAUCUCGGAGGCUGUUACCCACCUUAGCGGAUAACACCUUCUUCGAUCUGCAUACAUUCUUCCCAUUCUACUCAUUCUCGUUCAAUAAUUCGGGAGCUUAAGCAACGACGACGGCGAGGACAACGAGAACGGCAUGAAAGCUAUAGGUCUGGAUGAGCAAAUCAACAACUUUGUACGUGCAUCACGCUUUUUUAUACAUUUCUUGCCGUCACUGCACGACUACGACGCGAAAAUGCCUAAUUUUAUGUCUUGAAGAGAAAGUGACCAGAAGACAACGACUUUCUUCUUCUUUUCCUGUAAUUUGACACAGUCCUUUAGAAUUCAAGUCCAGAAAAUUUUUCCAACAUUUGACAAAUUGUGCAAAUUGAACGAGAUGGAAUAAGCGCUUUAAAGUUUGAGGCAGUGCGGAUUCACUUUUUAAGUAACGUUUUCGCCGCUGUCGCCGUUGUAGUUACUUAAGAGCCCUUUUGUUAAUCAUGCAGUGGUAUUGAACACCCACUCACAUGCAACAUCAUGUCAACACAGUUCAUUUUGAUAAUUUUCAAGGUGGAUGGCUUGCUCUUCUUUCACAAGAGAACACAUUACAUCUGUGGACGAACACCGCUGGUUGGUUGGCUACAGCCUUACAUGCUGCCUGAGAUAAUAGGGGUACCGGUACCGGAUGUCUAUCUAGCAGGGGUCCCUUCUGUCAACAAACUUACACUGCUAAAAUCAAACCAGGACUUACGGGGCAGCGAUGAAGGAAAACAGACAAUAUCGCAGUUAAAUGCCGUGGAUGAGAAAAUGGACACAGGAUCAAACAAUAAAUCGAAACGAAGACAAAGGAGAAGGAAACAAGAAAUCGGGAGUUCCAAAAUGGAAGUGCAGGGUAAAUUGGAGUAGAAGAAUAUCAAAAGGCGAACACAGAUAAGAAGAUGAAUUAGGAAAUAUUCUCUUUAGAACUUUGGAAUAUUCAGGACAUAUUAUGGAGUCUUACAUGAGAUACUGACCUAGGAAAAGGUGAUACAAGUGAUACGUAUUGUCACGAAGACGUGAACAGUCGUGCAAAUCAAAGUUUUUUAAUGCACAUUGAAAGUAUAAUAUAAAGCAAGGCUUCCUUCCACUGAACGCAGAUAAAGUUUGAAAUAAGGUUGAAACAAGCGUGGCCCAAGUUCUAUGCCGAGCAGCACUAAGUAAUUUUAACGUAUAAGCCUAUGGGGAAAACAA